GAUUAGAAGAUUUUUGAACAAAAAGAUUAUGAAAAUGAAUGUAGUUAACUUAAUUUUAGGAUUAACUCACUUGUAUUUGAAGAAAGAUAAAUUAAAGAGAAAAUAAUAAAUUCAAACAAUAGAAAUCAGGAAGAUUUAAAGAAAUAAUAUUAGAGAUUUUAAAAGUUAAGAACCUUAACUACAAAUUAUAAAUAAACAAUCUAAAAUCUUACAUUUUUGAC